GUGUACGUUCCCUCGUUCAACCUUCUAUUCGGGUUUCGGGGUGCUUUUGUCAUUUUAUAAAAAUUGGAAGCUCCUUAUGAUGGGCGCUUACUAGGGUUUCAGUAUCUGUGUACUCGCAGUUCCCUAUCCUGCUUUGUUUUCCUCGUGUUGCAGGAGCACUCCAACCGGCCAAGAUGGGGAAGACUCGUGGUAUGGGAGCUGGUCGCAAGCUGAAGACCCACAGGAGAAGGCAGAAAUGGGCUGACAAGUCGUACAAGAAGAGCCAUCUCGGUAAUGAAUGGAAGAAGCCAUUUGCUGGCUCUUCCCAUGCCAAAGGGAUCGUCCUCGAGAAAAUAGGCAUUGAGGCCAAGCAGCCCAACUCUGCCAUUCGAAAGUGUGCUCGGGUUCAGCUGAUAAAAAAUGGGAAGAAGAUUGCAGCCUUUGUCCCGAACGAUGGUUGCUUGAAUUACAUCGAGGAAAAUGAUGAGGUAUUGAUUGCUGGAUUUGGGCGUAAAGGUCAUGCCGUCGGAGAUAUUCCUGGUGUGAGGUUCAAAGUGGUGAAGGUUUCAGGUGUAUCACUAUUGGCUCUUUUCAAGGAGAAGAAGGAGAAGCCAAGGUCUUGAGUUGCCACCCCUUUUUCUAUUGUUAUGUUUCAGAUGUUUCCUUGAACAUGACAUUCAGAUUUUGCCUCUCCAUACCACUUUGGUACAUCUUCCUUGGACAGAUACUAUAUGAAAAUAUUAGUCAUUUUGAAACUUCAAAAUGUUUAUGCUGCCUGCUUAUUUAUUCUAGGUUUCUGAGGAGAA